GUUGUCGAGCAGCCGCACGCAAAAGAGGACAACGAUCCUGAUCCCUAUCUGUCCACGCUGCCUGGCGUGGAAACCUGAACCCUCAUGGGUUCUUCGACGAAUGACUCGACUCACAGUUGCCAAACUGUACCAUCUCACAAAACACGAAAUCGAUUCCCACACUUCGCUCCUACUCAUCAAGUACAUCUCUACAUCUCUCAGGUCAUCACCUGCGUUCCUGAAAUGGAUACCCCACAUACAUGUCGCUAUGUCUGCCUCCUUCGCAAGAUCAGCUCUAAGGCAAUAGCACCCCUCGAAGACCGCUCACAGAUAGCAACCUUGAAUGAACACAACAUGCAAGACCGGUCCAACUCUCUCUUUCAGCCAUUGAACAGUCGAUCGCAAGAAGGUUGUCUCCUUCUCUGCUCACAAUUCUUCCUUCAGCCGAGCUGCAAGCAAGAACUAGAAUAGAUUAACCCACCUCUCCCUCCCUGGGUUGGCCGAAUGUCGCACAAUCACGCGGGACUCACAUCCCGCGGGACUGCCUCAUUCGUGCCUUGGUUCCCUCUCGCGAUUCUAGCAAUCACGAGCGGCACCCCUGGGUAGCGGAGACGGUCGGCUCAGUAAAUGGCCGAGUCUCUCCACCACCCUACUCUACUCAACUAGUCGUGCAGUGCUGCUCUAGUAGGCGAGCGCCGCUUGUCGGCGCUCGUUUACAAGAUAGGUUGGCACCAUUCAUGCAUGGCUCCAGCCAGCUUCACUUGACUCCACGCAACCUCCUUGCCAUCAUUAAAAUCAAGCUGAAGAAGUUGUGAAAGAAACCAUGGUGCGCUACCUUUGGUCGAGGAUCCUCCUCCUCGUCACAUCGCUCUGUUUCUCAGCAGCCAGUAAAAGUACUAGAAAUGGGGAUCAUCAAGCCAUCAAGGUUCUCGAUGUAGGUGGUACCCUCGAUGCCGACCCGGCCUUGCAGAUUUCCGUUCUCUCUUGUAUCGGGUUAUUCAAUCGCAACGAGAGCAUCGCUGGAGCCGCAUUCCCCGUUUGGUAUCAAUACGAUCUCGAUUGGCUGGCAGCCAUUGAGCACAUUCAAGAUCCAACAUACACCAAGACGUGGGAUUUCUUGGUCGAGUGCCUCACCACCGUCGCUCGGGGACGGUACAUUGCCUACAAAUUUCGGCCCCAGCAAAAGCUUGUUCCCAACAUUAUCACCUUGGCAGGAGUACUCGAUGCCAUUCCUCUCACCAUGGACUCCAACAUCACUACGGCACUCCUGGCCAAGGUGACCAAUGCCACCAUGGUAUUGGACGCGGAAAAGGAAUUCGACGGAUUCUCGGCAUACGAUGCCACCAAGUACGUAUACGAAAACUACGCCAACCUGACCACCACCCUUUGCAAGUUGGAUCCGGGAUAUGACUUUUCCCACCCGCAUUUAGACCCACCUUGUAAUGGCCAUCCCGCGUCGGGAUCGGUCGAUUAUGUGGUCAAGGAACGACUCUUCAACUUUUACUUGGUGGAAGGAUGCAUUGCCCACACGAAAGAAAAUGCUCUCGUUGCGGAAAUGACACAACACGACAAUCCCAAAACCAAACAAUGGCCACAACCCAUUGCCGUCUUGGGAUAUGACGACGUCCAUAUCGGACAUAGCUUUGAUCCAUGGGAGGCCCAGACCAGCUGUGUCAAGAAUCACAACAUGGGUGGGGUCUGCACCGAUUGGGCUACCGGACUCUCCUUUUGGUCGCGCAAGGCACCCAUUCAAAAGCCACUGGUACAACCGUACACUCCUCCACAAGUCUACAAUGAUUCGACAACCUACAUUGCCUUGGUGGUGGGAGAUGGGGAUAAUGUGGGAAUGAUGAAAACACGCAAUCUGGAUUGGACCCGCAAGCGAGUCAGUUACUGCCGUAAUGCCACCAUGCCCCACAACUGCUUCCCCAUUAGUUGGACCAUUUCCCCUCAUUUGUUGCAUUUUGCGCCCGACAUUGUCCAAUAUUACUUUGGGCAAAACACGACGCAAGAUUUCUUCCUCCUCCCGCCCAG